CAUUAUCAACAUCGCAACUUUCUUCAUGGCUCGAAACUAAGAUAUUCAUGGGCUGCAGUCAGAUAUUCAGAGAAAAAUUGAAUUUCGUGCAGAGACCGGCUCCCCUAACAUGCUGCCGGCAAACAUACUGACGAUCUUUCAAGAAUUGCAGCUGGGACAGUGGAGCUGCCUCUCAGCCGGCGAGCAUCUAUUUGGGGAGCAACAGGCGAACUUGAUAGAGACUGAAAGCUAAGAACACUCUCCAUGGCACGUAUUUACUCGAAAUAUGGGCAAAGUUGUUUGCCGACGCAGCAGCUACAUAGAAGCGGUCGCUUAUCUGAAGCAAUGUCGCAAGUCGCAGCUACUUUGUAGACGUUAGACUGUCGCUGAAAAUCGCUAGCCUCCAGACAGAAUAGUCCCCGUGAUAGUCCGUUUUUGGCAGGCUCCUUGUGACUUUUCCCAAUUUCUUCAAUACCGUUCUCGAAGUCGAAAACCCACGGACGUAGGUUGGACUCUAGGUCGCCCUAAAGUUUUCACGUCUGUCGGUGAUUUAUCUGUGAGUAUAAACACGCACUUUGUAUCGGUUCGUCUUUUUUCCGGUUUACAUUAAGUUGAACUGUUUGUAAUUGGCUGCCGGGAGUACGGUCGAUGCGGGGGUGUGAUGAGGCGCUUUGCUGAAUGAAAGUCUAAUAUCCUGGGAGGUUAUCGUUCUUGUGUUCAGCCACCGUAGAAAUCCAUUAUGGCACGCGGCAUAUUGUCGUAUGGUCUAUACAAUAGGCUUGCUUAUACUCAAGUACCAUGUAGAAAAUUCCAGCUAAGGCUAUUCUCCAGCCCUGCGAAAUCCGAUGACAAGGCGAAAGUAGCUGGUAUUCCAUAUAAGAAUUUAACUAUAGGUGUUCCAAAGGAAAAAUGGACAAACGAAAGGAGGGUCUCACUUACCCCAGCUGUCACUCAAGUCCUUGCGAAAAAAGGGUUCACAGUAAACGUCGAAAGCGGAGCUGGUCUGGAGGCAAAAUUUCGUGAUCAAGAUUAUGCUAGUGCUGGUGGAAAUAUCACUAAUGCGAACGAUGUAUAUAAAUCAGAUAUAUUGCUCAAAGUCCGGCAGCCAACUGACGCCGAAAUACCUCUGUUGAGAGAGGGACAAACGCUCAUAUCUUUCUUGUAUCCAGCACAAAAUCCAGACUUAGUUAAUAAACUUAAGGAGAAAAAGAUCAAUGCAUUUGCAAUGGAUUGCAUCCCUCGAAUAUCUAGAGCACAAGUUUUUGACGCUCUUAGCUCAAUGGCGAAUAUAGCAGGAUACAGAGCGGUCAUUGAAGCAGCCAACUACUUUCCAAAGUUCUUCACUGGUCAAAUCACGGCGGCUGGAAAGGUUCCGCCAGCCAAAAUCUUGGUGAUAGGUGGCGGUGUUGCUGGUCUCGCAGCCAUCGGUCAAGCAAGAGGCAUGGGCGCAAUUGUAAGAGCGUUCGAUACCCGUGCUGCGGUAAAAGAACAAGUAGAAAGCAUGGGCGCUGAGUUCCUCACUAUUGACAUCAAGGAAGAUGGCAGUACAGUUGGUGGUUACAGCAAAGAGAUGAGUCAGGAAUUUAUUAAAGCAGAAAGAGAAUUGUUCGGGCAGCAAUGUAAAGAUGUAGAUAUCAUUAUAACAACCGCAUUGAUUCCCGGAAAGAAAGCACCUCUCUUGAUACUUGGCGAUCAGAUCAAAACCAUGAAACCAGGAAGUGUUGUCGUUGAUUUGGCCGCUGAAGCAGGAGGCAAUAUUGAGACUACUGUGCCUGGAAAGGUACAAGUUGUACAUGACGUUGUCCAUAUUGGUCUAACAGAUUUACCAAGUCGACUGCCAACACAAAGUUCAACUUUAUACGCUAAUAAUAUUUCCAAGUUCCUAAUGUCCAUCGGAGAAAAAGAUCACUUCAAUAUUCGUCUGGAGGAUGAAGUCGUUCGCGGUAGCAUUAUAGUAAAGGAAGGAGAACUUUUGUGGCCACCACCACCAAUUGCAGUUUCAGCCCAACCACCGCCAGCAAAAACUCCGAAAGUAGCAGAUGUUGCAAAAGCUGUUGCCGAACCACCCAAUCCGUUCAAUGUGACGCUUAAGAGUAGCUUAAUGUAUACAGGCGGUCUGUCGUCACUGUUGGGAUUGGGUGUAGUAUCUCCUAAUCCAGAGUUCACAUCAAUGUUGAUAACAUUCAGUCUUGCUGGAAUAGUCGGUUACCACACUGUUUGGGGAGUAACACCUGCAUUGCAUUCACCUUUGAUGUCUGUAACUAAUGCUAUUUCUGGUAUUACUGCAGUCGGAGGAAUGGUUCUUAUGGGGGGAAAUAUAUUCCCCACCAAUCCAGUUGAGACAUUGGCAGCAACUGCAGCUUUAAUUUCAUUUGUAAAUAUAUUUGGUGGUUUCCUAGUGACGAAGCGAAUGUUGGAUAUGUUCAAGCGACCAGAAGAUCCACCAGAAUACAAUAUGCUAUACGGCAUUCCUGCAGCAACAUUCCUCGGUGCUUAUGGUUACGCAGCUCUUCAGAACCUUCCUGAAAUUCAUCAAAUGGCAUACUUAGCUGCAAGUUUGUGCUGUGUUGGUGCUUUAGCUGGACUUUCGUCGCAAAAAACAGCAAGACUGGGAAACUCCCUUGGCAUUAUUGGUGUGACAGGAGGAAUAGCAGCUACUUUAGGACAAAUGUCCCCAAGUACCGAUGUAUUGAUGCAAAUGGGAGGAGUAGCGAUGCUUGGUGGCGGUCUUGGAGCUUUGAUUGCCAAGAAAAUACAGAUAACAGAUUUACCCCAACUUGUCGCCGGUUUUCACAGUUUGGUCGGCUUAGCAGCUGUAUUGACCUGCGUGGCAACAUAUAUUCAUGAUUUCCCCAGCUUGGCUACAGAUCCAGCUGCCAAUAUUUUGAAAACAGCUCUGUUUUUGGGUACAUAUAUUGGUGGCGUCACCUUCAGUGGCUCACUUGUCGCUUACGGAAAAUUACAAGGACUUCUUAAUUCCUCGCCCUUGUUGCUGCCAGGAAGGCACGUAAUAAAUAGUGGACUUUUGGCCGGAAAUAUUUUGGCAAUGGCUUUGUUCUAUGGAGCACCAACAUUGGAAGGUGGUUUAUCUUUGCUUGGUGCUACCUCGGCCAUGUCGAUGGCAAUGGGUGUGACAUUAACGGCAGCUAUUGGUGGAGCAGAUAUGCCAGUCGUUAUCACAGUUUUGAAUUCAUACUCAGGCUGGGCACUCUGUGCAGAAGGUUUCAUGUUGAACAAUAAUUUAAUGACCAUUGUUGGUGCUUUGAUUGGUUCCUCUGGUGCUAUCCUUUCGUACAUCAUGUGCAAAGCAAUGAAUCGGUCUCUCCCGAAUGUUAUAUUAGGUGGAUACGGAACAACUUCAACUCAAGGUGGCAAACCUAAAGAAAUCGUUGGAACUCAUACAGAAAUCAAUGUGGACAAUUGCGUUGAACUGAUUAAAGAUGCCAAAAACAUCAUUAUCACACCUGGAUAUGGCCUCUGUGUUGCUAAAGCUCAAUAUCCGAUUGCGGAAAUGGUUAGCAUAUUGAAAUCGAAAGGCAAGAAAGUACGUUUUGGAAUUCAUCCAGUUGCCGGACGUAUGCCUGGUCAAUUGAAUGUGUUGCUCGCUGAAGCUGGUGUUCCAUACGAUGACGUGUUGGAAAUGGAAGAAAUUAAUGACGAUUUUAGUGAAACCGAUUUGGUGCUUGUAAUUGGUGCAAACGAUACAGUCAAUAGCGCUGCCGAAGAAGAUCCCAACUCAAUUAUUGCUGGUAUGCCGGUGCUUAGAGUAUGGAAAGCCGAUCAGGUCAUCGUCAUGAAACGCUCCCUCGGAGUUGGUUAUGCUGCCGUCGACAACCCAAUAUUCUACAAUCCAAACACUAGCAUGUUAUUGGGAGACGCAAAGAAAACAUGUGAUGCUCUUUUGACUAAAAUCAAAGAAAGCUAUGUGUAAAAAUCUGUAAAUGUUUUUUUUAUUUUGUAAAUCGUGAAAAUAUAAUGUUUGUGAAACUA